AUGGAUUAUAAUGCUAUGCUAAAGACUUUGGCCAAGGAGGCAGGUAUUUCAAUACCAUCUAACGCUUUCGAAAAACCUAACGCUAUUCGUACCUCAACUUCUAGUGGUGGUGGAAGUACCGUUAAUAGCAAAAGUGGCGGAGGAGGAAAUACAAAUUCUGGUUAUAGUGAAGGAAUUAUGGCACUUAAAUUUUUGGAUAAUUCCGAACAAUUGAAUAGAGAUUUUCUUGAUGAGCUUCAAGCUCAUCAUAGAUGUAGUUUGGGAUCAGGUAUUAUAGAUUGUUACGGGGUUAGCAAAGAUCCCGAAACAAAUAGAUACGUCAUGGUGAUGAGAUACGCGGAACAAGGAGAUUUGAGACGUUAUUUAUCUCAAUUUUUCGCUGAAUUAUCGUGGGAUGAAAAAAUUGAAGUAUUUGAUAAAAUCGUUAAAGGAUUACAAGGAAUUCAUGAUGCUGGUUUGGUUCAUCGUGAUUUUCAUAGUGUUUCUUAUAAAUGGAGAUAUUUGGCAGAUGGCAAAGCCCCUUUCCAAGGUCCCAAACUUAAGAAAGUAAAAACUGGUUGUGUCUCAAAUGGUAUGACGGUUGAUAGAAGUCCAAUUGAUAGAAGCGCGAUUGAUAAAAUAAGGGCGGAACGUAGAAAAUUGGAAGUUUCCGGUAAAUCUCACAAAGAGUAA